UUCUAUGUAAAAAAAAAAAAAAAAAAAAGAAAAAACUAACUUUCCCUCGUAUAAUUAUAUUUCACGAUUAUAUAUAUAUAUACACUUACGUGCCAAUGCUAAUGCAUUGAUCGGUAUUUGUAUUUAUAAAGUACUACAGUUUGAAAUUCACGCGUUGCAUAUACCGGUUAUCGUUUAAACUUUUGAAAAAUUAAAAUUAACAUCGAGAAUUAGUAAGUAAUUUAAUGUAGUUUUUUGUACACUGGCACGCUAAUUCUGCAACGUUCGAUAUUAUUUUAUAAAGGAGAAAAAUGUUUAAAAAAUUUGAUGAGAAAGAUAGUGUUUCUGGUAUACAACAAUUGAAAUCAUCGGUUCAAAAAGGAAUUCGUUCCAAGCUUUUGGAGCUGUAUCCCCACUUAGACGGUCAUAUAGAUGCUAUCGUUCCAAAGAAAGAUGCUUUUCGAAUUAUAAAAUGUCACGACCAUAUAGAGAUUAUAGUAAAUGCGGCAGGAGAUCUUUUGUUCUUUCGUCAACGUGAAGGACCCUGGAUGCCUACUUUAAGAUUGUUACACAAAUACCCAUUUUUUUUACCAAUGGAACAAGUUGAUAAAGGUGCUAUCAGGUUUGUUCUUAGUGGAGCUAACAUUAUGUGUCCUGGUUUAACGUCGAAAGGUGCAAAGAUGACACCCGUAGAAAAGGGAACAGUCGUUGCUGUUAUGGCAGAGGGCAAGCAACAUGCUUUAGCUGUGGGUGUUACUACAUUGUCAACAGAUGAUAUAGUUAAGGUGAACAAAGGAAUAGGCAUAGAAAAUUGUCAUUAUUUAAACGAUGGACUUUGGCAAAUGAGAUCUGUGAAAUAGAAGACUGAUGUACAUUGCCCAAGGUGUAUUAUACGGAUAUAUUGAUCGUUGUACGAAUGCACUUUGUAACAUUUUUGAAGAUUAAAAGUGCUGUGAAGUGAUAAUUCCAAUUACGAAAUUACUCUCGUAAAUAAAAGAGAAAGAUUGACAA